AUGGCCACCAGGCCAGGCGCCCUCCAGCAUCGAGUCUCGGACCUGGUCGUCGAUUCGGAGAUUGAUGCGACCUGGAAUCCGAGUACAAAUCAGACGACACAGAUUCGCCGGACCGCAGGCACCAAACCCAGCCGCCGGAGGGAGAAGACCGAAGAGAUAUGGGAGCGGAAGCACGAACUUGGAGGCGGCGCGUAUGGGACUGUUUGGCUUGAGGAGUGUUUCACGGUCUCAUCCCAACAGGAACCCAGACUUCGAGCCGUCAAGGAGAUCCGCAAACACCACAGCGUGCCGACUUCUGCGUUUCAUCGUGAGCUUGAAGCCAUCGCCAAGUUCUCUCACGACAAGUUUGCCGACUGUUUUGUACGCUCAUUUGGGUGGUUCCAAAACGAGACGGCGCUCUUUAUCACUAUGGAGUAUCUGGAGCAUGGGGACUUGCGACACUACAUUGUACGACCUUUCCCUGAGCCUGAGGCAAGGUUGAUUGCCAUGCAACUAGUCGAAGCCUUACAGUCAAUGCACAAGAGCGGCUUUGCGCAUAGGGAUCUUAAGCCGGGCAAUAUCUUGGUUGUUCACCGAGGCCCACGGUGGUGGGUUAAAAUUUGUGAUUUCGGCAUCAGCAAGCGAGUGGAAGGGUCCACGGCGUUGAGAACUAUGGAGGUCGGUACGAUGGGCUAUAUGGCCCCCGAGGUCCUCGGGAUGUUUACGCUUGAGGAUCUUCAGGAAAACCAAACCGAGGUCGCUGCGUACACCUCGGCGGUUGAUCUGUGGGCACUGGGGGAGAUCACACACAAGCUUCUGACGCAGAAAGCAACAUUUCUUUCGCCCAACCAACGUGCGAAUUAUGUGACCAUGGGCACACAGUUUCCAACAAAUGAGCUAGAGAGUGUCGGGGCGAGUACACACUGCAUCCUGUUUAUUCAGCAAACCAUGGCAGCAUCACCCAGGAAGAGACUCACAGCGGAUGAAGCGGCAGGUCAUGAGUGGCUGGAGAACUACGAAGACAUUGAUGAGGCACAGGGCCGUUCUAGUCCAGAGAGGUAA